GGGUGGCUGCAACUCUCCAGCCAUGGUGCCUGCCUUGUUCUCCCUGAGCCUUUCCUGCCUGGGCCUGUGGGCUUCUGGACUGAUCUUGGUCUUAGGCUUCGUCAAGCUCAUUCGUCUGCUGAUUCGGAGGCAGUUUUUGGUCAAAGCGAUGGACAGCUUCCCAGGGCCCCCCGCCCACUGGCUCUUUGGGCAUAGCCUCGAGGUACAGCAGACAGAGAACCUGGACAAGAUAUUGUCCUGGACCCGCCAGUUCCCCUAUGCCCACCCACUUUGGUUUGGGCCAUUCCUUGGCUUUCUGAAUAUCUACGAGCCUGACUAUGCCAAAGCUGUGUACAGCAGAGGGGACCCUAAGGCCUCAGAUGUAUAUGACUAUUUCCUCAAGUGGAUUGGGAAAGGCCUACUGGUCCUCAAUGGGCCCAAGUGGUUCCAGCACCGCAAGCUGCUCACACCUGGCUUCCAUUAUGAUGUGCUGAAGCCCUAUGUGAAGGUGUUUGCCGAGUCCACGUGUGCCAUGCUGGACAAAUGGGAGGAAAAGGCUCGUGAGCUCAAGAGCUUUGACAUCUCCCCUGAUGUGGGUCUCAUGACACUGGACACACUCAUGAAGUGCACCUUUGGCAAAGGACACAAUGGCCUGAGCCACAGGGACAAUACCUACUACCUGGCAGUCAGAGAUCUCACUCUGCUGAUGCAGCAGCGCCUCGAGACCUUCCACCACCAUAACGACUUCAUCUACUGGCUUACCCCGCGUGGCCGCCGCUUCCUGCGGGCCUGCCGGGUGGCCCACGACCACACAGACCAAGUCAUCAGGGAACGGAAGGCAGCCCUGCAAGAUGAGAAAGAACAGGAGAAGAUCCAGAACUGGAGGCACAUAGAUUUCCUGGACAUUCUCCUGGGGGCUCGGGAUGAAAGCGGGAUCAAGCUGUCAGAUGCAGAUCUCCGGGCUGAGGUGGACACGUUCAUGUUUGAAGGCCAUGACACCACCACCAGCAGCAUCUCCUGGUUUCUCUACUGCAUGGCCCUAAACCCAGAACACCAGGAUCGUUGUCGAGAAGAGGUCCGUGAGAUCCUUGGGGACAGGGACUCCCUCCAAUGGGAUGAUCUGGGCAAGAUGACCUACUUGACCAUGUGCAUCAAGGAGAGCCUCCGCCUCUACCCACCUGUGCCCCAGGUGUACCGCCAGCUCAGCCAGCCUGUCAGCUUCGUGGAUGGCCGCUCUCUACCUGCAGGCAGCCUGAUCUCUCUGCACAUCUAUGCCCUCCACAGAAACAGUGCAGUGUGGCCCGAUCCUGAGGUCUUUGACCCCCUGCGCUUUUCCCCUGAGAAUUCAACUGGACGCCACCCCUUCGCCUUCAUGCCCUUUUCUGCUGGGCCCAGGAACUGCAUCGGGCAGCAGUUUGCCAUGAAUGAGGUAAAGGUGGCCACGGCCCUCUGCUUGCAUCGCUUUGAGUUCUCCCUGGACCCCCUGCGGCCACCCAUCCAGGUGCUCCAGCUGGUCCUGCGCUCCAAGAAUGGCAUCCACCUCCACCUGAAGCCACUGGGCCCGGGCUCUGGGAAGUAGCCCUGUCAAGAGUAGGGCCCCAGACAGCCCAGGCUGUGACCUCCC